AUGUCCACUCAGUCAGAAACAGACUACGGCCAAGGCGGGGAGACGUCGAUGGCGUUUGAUUGCAUAGAGGACCGUUUAAAACGUAUUUUAUAUCACCACGGUAACGUUGUCGGUAAACGUCCUUUACUGUUCAUAAUUUUGCCAGUUUUGUUUUCUCUUUUACUGGCGUUAGGUGGUCUAUGUUUUCGCUUUAAUAACGACGUGGAAUACCUAUUCACUCCGAUAAAUGGGCCGGCGAAAAGGCACAGGGAACAAGUCCAGAUGUAUUUUCCGAUGAAUUAUGAUAAUCACUUUCUCCCAAAUCGACAGAACGACGUCGGGAGAUACGUCAGUGUUUAUGUCACUACAGAGACCUGGGAUGGAAACAUUCUGACAGCGGAAAUAUUGGAUGAAAUAUUGAAACUCCACAAAAACAUCAUAACUGUCAAGACAACAUGCGACGACAAAGUGUAUUCUUACGGGGAGCUAUGCGCCAAGUGGAAUUCUAAGUGUGUACCACCGAAUCCAAUAUUUGAUAUUUAUAACUAUCAGGCUAAACAUAUUAUGAAUUUCACCUACCCACUCUUGGUGUCGGAGGCAAAUACCAAACAUUUCAUCGGCGGCAGCCUGGGAGGUGUCCAAUUCUAUGACAACACCAGUAUCGUGAAAUCAGCGACGGCCAUAACGCUGUACUACCCUCUCAAACCUUCUCCCAAAGACAUCGAUUUGGCGAGUGGUAAACUGGAAGAAGCUUUUUUUGAAAUGGCAAUCAAAUAUAAACCAGCUAAAAUCAGUUUCACUUUUACGAUGUCCCAGGCAUUAGCCAAUGACCUUGACGAGAUGACAGUGCGAAUGAUUCCAAGAAUGGUACUGUCCUUCGCUGUUUUGACAGUGUUCUCAGUGCUCUCGUUAAUGAUGAUGGACUGGGUAACUAGUAAACCUAUACUUGGAUGUUUGGGAGUAGUAUCAGCAUUAUUGGCAAUAGUGUCGACCGUCGGUCUUUUGAGUUUGUGUGGUGUACCAUUUAUACAUUUGAAUAUUGCCAUGCCGUUUCUAACACUUGGUAUUGGGGUUGAUGAUAUGUUUAUAAUGGUAGCGUCAUGGCGAACCACAUCACGACAUAACAGCGUUGCUGAUCGAAUGGCGGAGACAUUUUCCGAAGCGGCACUGUCUAUAACAAUUACCAGCAUCACCGAUGUAUUGGCGUUUGGAAUCGGAGCUAUUUCAACUUUUCCAUCAGUUCAGAUAUUCUGUUGUUAUUGCGGCGUUGCCAUUCUAUUUGAUUAUUUAUUUCAAAUUACUUUUUUCGCUGGAUGUAUGGCUCUCAUUGGGCGGCGUGAACAUAGCAAUAGACAUUGCCUCACGUAUCGAAAAGUUGUACCAAGAAGAGAAACAUCGUCGGUAUGUUAUCGCUUAUUUUGCGCUGGUGGUGUCAGUAAGAAACUGGACAAAGAUAAAAAGGUACACGAACACAUAAUGGUGACAUUCUUUGACAAGUACUAUGGCCCAUUCAUUACUCUUCCUUGGAUGAAGUUCUUCACGCUGAUCUUCUUUUUAGGGUACCUAGCGGGAGCGGUUUGGGGGUGUAUGCAGAUACAUGAGGGUUUGCAGCCACGCCAGCUAGCGCUUGAAGAUUCGUACAGUUCAUAUUAUUACAACAUGGAGGAACGUCAUUUUAAUGAGUAUGGACCCAUAGUGCAGGUGGUUGUUGAUUCAAAGCAGCGAUAUUCCAAUAAACAGACACAGAAUGAGAUAGAACAAGUCUUGACGAAAUACGAAAAUGAUAAAUAUUUUUACAACCACAUUACCCAAUCAUGGUUGAGAGACUAUAUAGUCUUCAUCGACCAAAACGGAUUAAAUUACACCAAUGAGGAAACUUUCAUAUUUCAUUUAAAGAGUAACUUUCUAACUCAUCCUUUGUAUAAACAUUAUGUAUCGGAUAUCACCUUUGAAAACAGUACUAUUGUAUCCUCUCGAUUCUUGGUUGUUUCUCAUUUUGUUAAUGAGGUUACGGAACUUCAGGGUUUCUUGCAUCGAUGCAGGGAUAUUGCGGGAAAUUCCAGCAUUUCCAUGUUUGCCUAUCAUCCAACAUUCGUUUUCAACGACCAUUUUGAUGCUAUUUUACCCACCGUUAUUCAAAAUGUUUUAGUUGCCGCUGUUGGUAUGAUGGCGGUUUCUUUAAUCCUGAUUCCUCGUCCCAUAUGCUCUCUUUACAUCACUGUUACCAUAGCAUCAAUUGUAGUCGGUGUUAUGGGUUAUAUGUCACUGUGGGGUGUUGGCUUAGACUUUGUUUCUAUGCAUGCUUUCUACAUUAUCGCAAUUGUUGCCAUGUCAACAGCAAAUUCUUACGUGUUCAGGGCAGUUUUUAAAACUCUGUUCUUCGGAAUUUUCUGGGGAGGAGUACAUGGGCUUUUAUUUUUACCAGUUCUCUUGUCUGUGAUUGGUCCAAAGGGUUCCAGAAAACCGGUGACCAAUGGCAAGAUGUAUGAUUAUGAUAUUUCCAACCGUCAAAUGUUGAGAUUUUGGGCGACACAAGAAAAAUAUGUAGUGGAUCUGCAGGUAUCGACAGUUUGA